AUGGCUGCGAACGGCACGAUACCGAAUGGAACGGCGGAGACGGCCAAAACGCAACCCACUGUUGUCGGAAUCAACUUUGGCAACUCGUACGCCUCGAUCGCGGAAGGCCUCUCUGAAUGUAUAGCUAACGAGGACGGAGAGCGGCAAAUCGCAUGCGCAAUUUCUUUCCAUGGCGAGGAGCUGUACAUCGGCAACCAAGCCAAGCACCAACUCGUCAAGAACGCUCAUAACACAAUCAUCGGGUUCCGAAAUAUCUUGGGCAAAAAAUUCUCUGAGAUCCCGAAAGACAAGGCGGUGGUCUCCGCACCCGUCAUCCAGCACCCUGACAUCCCCGACGAACCCGCCUAUCGCGUCCAAGUGCUCAACCCUGCUCCCACGCCCCUUCCCAGAAGCACCACAGGUACCCCCGCUGCAUCGAACCUCCCCACGCCCCGAUCCGAGCCUACCCCAGGAGAGACGGUGCUGACGGUCUCGGAGGUGACGUCCAUCUUCCUUCGCUCGCUCGUAAAGUCCGCGGAAGACUUCCUCGGCAAGAAAGUAACGGGCGCCGUCCUGAGCGUCCCGGCGUGGUUCGAUGAGGCCCAGCGCGCGGCUCUGGAAAAGGCGGCAAGCGACGCAGAUAUCCAUGUGCUGCAGCUCUUAGAAGAUGCCGGAGCGGUCGCUGUCACCACUGCUGUCGGUCAGGAUACGGACCUCCCGGUUGACCGGACGCAGCUCGUAGUGGAUGUCGGCCAGUCAUCCCUGGAGCUCUCGUUGCUCUCCAUGCGACAUGGCCUGGCGUACUCCCUCGGGACCAUCACGGACUUUAGCGCAAACGGCGACAGCAUCGACGAGAAGCUCAUCAAGUUCUUCGCCAAGGAGUUCACGAAGAAGACAAAGACCCCGCUGACUGUUUGUCCCGCCACAGAUAACCAGGACAAACGCGCAGAGGCGAAGCUCCGACUAGCCAUCGAGCACACGAAGCGCACGCUGUCCGCCUCGCCGGGCGCCGCGACGUGCUCCGUCGAAUCGCUCAAGGACGGGCUCGACUUCACCGGGUCGAUCAACCGCCUGCGGUUUGACAUGGAGGUGCGCCCGAUCUACAACCAGAUCUACGACAAGGUGAAGGAGCUGGUCGAGUCUGCGAAGCUGGACCUCUAUGACAUCGAUGAGGUCGUGUAUGUCGGCGGGUCUGCGUCCUUCCCGGGCCUGGACGAGACGCUGGCGCAGGGGCUUUCAGAGUCUGUUGUGACUCCGUUCACGGCCGGUACCGUCAUUGGUGGUGGUGUUGGCGAUCCCACGACUAUCCUAGCGCGGGGAUGCGCGCUGCAAGCACAAGUCCUGUCUUCCAUAGGCCACUCAGAGGAGGAUGAAGAGGUGAGGAAAGCGUUCCAGAACGACAGCGAGUGGACGAAGGCGAAGGCGACGUCGAAGUCUAUCGGCCUGAUCUUCCCGGAGGAGAACGCAGGGGAGGGCAGCCUCGGUGGACAGUGGGUACCCGUGAUCCUGAAGGAGACGCCAUUACCUUGCAGGCGGAUUGUCGGUCUCCAGGUCGAAGUCUCGGAGGCCGCGAAAGUGGGCUUCGAGGUAUGGGAAGUGAAGGAGGGGGUCAAGAUCGAGAAGGUGAAGCCGCCGAAGGACGAAGACGACCCGGAGGAGGAAAAGCAGGAAGGAGGGAAUCCGGACGAGGAUGACGAAGAGGAGGAGGAGAUUGAGACCAAGGAGAAGACCUUGGAGAAGGAGUCUUUCCUCACCUCACUAUUGUUCGACGUCGAAGAGAUCGAGAAGAAGGAUGGGAGGUCAACCGCACGGAUUGAAGUGCAAUUCUUGCUCGGGGCGGAUGGGAAGCUGGACGUCACUGCUUGGGAAGUGAAGAAGAGUGGGAAGCAGCAAAAGGCGACCGCCACAGUUUCAGGUCCUUCAUAG